UCGUCUUUUUGCCCUAAUUAAACCCCCGAAACAGAUGAAAAGUGCAAACAAGUAGUACACGUUUAAUUUUCACUUAUAGACCACGCAAACCUUUGUCAUUUCACACUACUGUUCCUUUUAAUUAACACAAUACAUAUUCGUGUCGAUUGACUUCUUCAAAUUCUACGUAAUAAUACGAUUGCAAAAAUUUAAUUUGGUCAGAAGAGGAAUGUCGCUGCUGGGAGACAUAUAGUCACGUGGUUCCUGAGUUGUUCUCCCUCAAACCCCAAACCCCGCUUCAAAAAUGUACCCCCUCCCCGGUUAAUACGAUGAUCAUCGCACGAUUAACAUUUAGCAUUAUAUUUAGUAUGCGUCAUUAACUGCAUUAGCCGAUAAGAUCCGCGUAUGAAGUCAUUAGUCAAAAAAUUAGAUAAUUUCCGAGUUUUGUCCGUGUUUCACGUGGCAAGACAAACCGUAGUUGGAGACCACCACCCCCAUGCACGGCCCCGUCGAAGUGCUGGGGACGAAUUGCAUCGGGAGCGCGCUAUUCCUUCUUUCUGUCUCCUGUUCACCCAGCUUGUCACUGCCAAGUUUGGAUGCCCAGCGGCAUGUUAGUUUGCGCGCAGCUAAACCUGCAUGUAUUUUUUUGAAUGUAUUACUUACUUAUUCUUCCACUUUCGUAACAGAAUUGUCUGCAGAGACUGACGGAUAAUUUCCUAUGACCGGCAUUUAUCAUAAAGAAGGAUUAUGGGGCGCGCCAGGAUUUCAUCGAAUUCGGGAAUGAAAAUUAGUAUUUUCCAUCUAUGGCUGCAUUUAACUUUCUGGGGACUGAAUCUUUACUGAAACUGUGUUUGUUGGAGAAGUGAAUUACCAUAAGACCCCUGGAGCGUCCUGCAGGGGUGAGAAGCAGAAGCACCAACAUGCGGCUGUCACGUACCUCCUCCCGUGGCUUUGGAACCAGGCGCAAUCGAGGCAUUAUGAAGUUAUUGGCGUUAAGAAACAAUUCUACUUAAGUUAAUGAGGCGCUUUCCUCUCUAUUGCAGGCGUGGAACCAUGGAAAAUUAAAUUGCAUUGGCGGAAAAGUGCCAAGAUCGGUCAUUGCCGAAUAUAACACGGUCACGACACGGUCAAGUCCCCUAAGCCGUGCUUGACAACGGUGUUUAUUGUGUUUGAAUAUACAGAUAGUGUUACUUUACAUUCAUUCCUGAGCUGCUGGGACAGUUUUUGCUUUUAACAUCAAGGGGGUGACCAAAUGAUCAAUUUAUGUAGAGAGGCACCAUUUGUAACACUGUGUGUUUUCCUAUAUCUUUGUAACCUAAAGAACUGAUCCACAAUUCACCAGUUUAUAUGUUAAUACUCAGCAGAGUUGCCCUUUUAUACCAAGGAUACCCCUGGAGGUCCCGCAGUAUACCUCACGUCACAUGAGUCCUGGUUUGCUUAUACCUUCAUCCCAUGACCAAACUGAUCUACAUGAUUUCCAGGUGGCCUGAAAAGUCAGAACUCCAGACCACAGCACAGCAGGAGAUGAGCUAGAAAGCUGGGACUGGGUCCAAAGGGGUCAGGCCAUCCACCCCGACUGUGCGAUCAUCUCCCAGCACAUGAAAGCCCAGGAGCUGUGCUUGCAGAUAAGGAGGAGGGAGGCCCAAAACCGGACCACAAGGACGGGGUGUCGGACGGAGUGGGACGAGAUUCGCUGCUGGCCCCGGGCGGACGUGGGACAGGUGGUCAACGUGUCCUGCUCCGAGAUCUUCCUGCACUUCUCCAGUAGCCGAGGUUACAUCUCCAGGAACUGUACUGCAGAUGGCUGGACAGACCUGCAGCCUUCCUACGAAGAAGCCUGCGACUUCAGCAAGGGCUUGGAGCCAGUGUCUGAGGUUGCUUACCUCUCGACAUUCAGACAUGUGUACACAGCUGGAUAUGCUACAUCGCUGGUCUCUCUAAUAACGGCAGUCUUCAUGCUCAUAGCCUUCCGGAAGUUCCACUGCACCAGGAACUACAUCCACAUCAACCUGUUUGCCUCGUUCAUCCUGCGAGCGAGUGCCGUCUUCAUCAAGGACGCCGUCCUGUUCGCGGACGAGAACCUGGAUCACUGUUUCAUGUCUACGUCGUCAUGUAAGUGCGCUGUGGCCUUCUUCCAGUUCAGCAUCCUGGCAAACUACUUCUGGCUGCUGGUGGAGGGGAUGUACCUGCAGACCCUGCUGGCCCUGACCUUUGUCUCACACAGGAAGUACUUCUGGUGGUACAUCGUGAUUGGAUGGGGCGUACCUUCAGCAGUUCUGACAGUUUGGGUGCUGACCAGAUAUUUCACUGAUGACAGAGGGUGCUGGGACGAUACGGAAAACGUCGCCAUUUGGUGGAUCAUCAAGGCCCCGAUAACAGCGUCGCUGCUUGUCAACUUCAUCAUCUUCAUCAGCGUGAUCCGCAUCCUGAUGCAGAAACUGAGGUCCCCAGCGGCAGGCGGGUGCGAUGUCGGCCAUUUCAUGAGGCUGGCCAAGUCCACCCUGUUCCUCAUCCCCUUGUUCGGGACGCACUACAUGGUAUUUGCCUUUCUGCCGGAAACCGUGGGAGAAGCGGCCAGGCUUUACAUCGAGCUGGGCCUCGGAUCCUUCCAGGGCUUUGUGGUCGCUUUGCUGUACUGCUUCCUGAAUGGGGAAGUGCAGGCAGAGAUGAGGAGAAGGCUUUCAAAGUGGCAGAUGUCGGGCCGGCCGAGUCCCGUGGAGCGGCGGAAACCACCGUACCCUGACAGCAGCCUCAUCUCCCAGGUGACGGUGCUGGACAAGCCUGUGGGCAGGGGGCCUUCCUGCAGUGGGGGCAGCGAACCCAUCUGUGGCAUCUAACCGCAGGGCGGCUUCUGUUGGGACCCGGAGCAGGUGCAGCGGUGACACUUGUCGCCGAGCUGUCCUGAACUGAACAGCCUUUUUCCGGAGGAAGGGCGGAGAUUCCCGUGCGCGACCGUAAGCCUCAAGAUGCCAGGGCCAACACUCCUGGAUUUCACAGCAAUAACUGAACUAGCCCGCGCCGAGAUGUACAGUGUAUGUCAUUAAACGUGCAUGCACAUAACCAAAAUGCUGCCUCGUUAAGAACAGGUACUGGGUUUCCUCUUUACACGAGCCACGCCGAGUCAAUGAACAGAGGCUGUCUACCUGCCCCCCUUGACAGAGCAGUUGCUUUGACGUAGGGUAACAGUCUAUUUUUACACAUGGAUUUGUGCAAGAGCAGGCAAAAACACAGGCUAUUUCUGAUUACUUUGUCACUGAAAGUAAAUAGUGAAUAUUUACACUUUCUAUUUCCAGCACGCAGAUGCUGCGUGAGAUAAAAACUUCUUUGUGUUUCUCUUUCUGAAACUGCAACAAUAUUUUCCCAGUGUCAGAGAUUAUCAGCGGACCAAUAAUGUCCGGCGCACAGGUAACUAAGAACAUUUACAUUAAUUAGGGGCCGAAUGGUUGCUUGGAGUGUUAUCUGAGCUGCCUUUUGAUUGGCUGCAGUUCUGGGAUUUGCCGUGUUUGAAGGUCUGUUGCUGCAGGAAGCUGUAUACAGGUACUUUUAAACCACUCAUUCAGAAACACUGAACUGCUCUUCGAAGUGCUGCACAUGUAAUGCAAUGUUCUGUGCACAAAAUGGAUAUCUGAGCUUGAAAAUUACAACACGACAUACAUCACGUCACACAAUAGGAAAGGUACCUAUUUCGAUGGGGAAGAAACAGAACAUUUUAACUUGCUUUGUUAUUCUGCAUUGGUGUGUUUAAACUGGACAUUUUCCUAAAAAGUUGAUGGCGGGGGGGGGGGGGGG